CCUCGUGUCGUGCUGAUGGUGCUGCCGCCGCCCGUCUCCUGCAUCUAUCCGUCGCUCCAGUCUUGUCGCCAUUUUUCGGUAUUACAUGCUCGAGCCUCGCAUGCUUUCCCGCCCCUGUCGAUUUCUGCAGCAUCGCUUCGCGGCCGCCGACCAGCAGGCGCCGCCGUCGUCGCCGUCAUUGUCGCUGUCGCCGUCCCCGUCCCCGUCAGCCGUCCUCGCCGCCGCCGCCGCCCUCCUCUCCUCGUCGCUGUCGCCUCCGCCCGCAUCGUCGCCAGCCGCCGCACCGACCCCGUAAUACCGGCCGCAGCAAUCCCUCGCCGCUGGGUAGCAGCAACGCCAGCUGCCAACUUCCCGUUGCCCUGGCCUCGAGGCCAUCGUCGACGGCAGCUUGUUUUGUCGCGCAUUGCGGCCCGCGCCCUGUUACCUCAAUUGGCGUCGCUACCGAACACUGGCGCCAUCCUGGCUGAUGCCGACCGUUGCGGCAGCCCCUCGUCCUCUACGGCUUCACAUCCGUCGCUGAGACGAGACAGGCUUGCCUGCUGACACCCCGGCACGCCCUCCGUUGCUUCGCGAGAAAGAGGGCUGGCAGGAGCCCAAGGCCCUUCCCUCUGUACAUACACGUCGCCCUGGAUCACUCGCUACCAUGGCUUCUGAACGCGACGAAGGGUUGCCAGGGGACCGCCCUCGUGGUGAUCAUGGCGUCGACUACAACGGCCCCGAUGCCGGCUACCCAGUAGAUAGAAACUGGCAGAAUGGAGGCCGCAAAACACCCGACAGUUUAUACCGCCUCAAGCCCACCGGCUCUGCCCCCAACACCUCGGCCCCCCCGCCCGCUGGCUGGACAGACGAGCAGCCCCCUCGCCGGAGCGGGGAGAGGAACCGAUCGCGACAGAGAAAUGGACGCACCGCGAGCGGCCAGAUGCGCAUAUGCAAAAAGUGCGGCGAGCCGUUGACGGGUCAGUUCGUGAGGGCCCUCGACGGCACUUUCCACCUCGACUGCUUCAAGUGCAGAGACUGUGGUGAUAUCGUCGCUUCCAAGUUCUUCCCGGCGGAUGAUGAAAACGGCGAGGGGCAAUAUCCCCUCUGUGAGACCGACUACUUCCGACGCCUGGGCCUGCUCUGCUACCAGUGUGGUGGUGCCUUGCGCGGCUCAUACAUCACCGCCCUUGACCGCAAGUACCAUGUCGACCACUUCACAUGCUCGCUAUGCGCCACCAUUUUCGGGGCCCAGGACAGCUACUAUGAGCAUGACGGGAACGUCUACUGCCACUAUCACUAUUCAACGCAGCAUGCCCAAAAGUGCAAUGGCUGCCAAACAGCCAUUUUGAAGCAGUUUGUCGAGAUAUUCCGAAACGGGCAGAACCAACAUUGGCAUCCGGAGUGCUACAUGAUACACAAGUUCUGGAACGUCCGCUUGGGACAGGCUGCGGAUGUCCCUCCCGUAGCUCCAGAGGCCGACGCUCCGGUCAAGAGGGAGCUCAUUCGGGAGGAGGAGGAGCGCAUGGAGGAAAAAGUCUAUCGGAUUUGGAGCGUCCUCUCGACCUUUGAAGAGUCAUCCGCUGCCUGCAUUUCCGACAUGCUUUUGCACGUCAGCAACGGAGCGUAUGUCGACGGCGUCUUGGUGGCCAAGCGUUUCAUCUGGCAUGUCGAGGUGCUGUUCCAGUCUGCGGAUAGACUUGACGCCAUGGUACUGAGCCACAGUGAAAAAGGCUUAUCCUACGGACGCGAAGCGAAACUACUAUGUAAAAAGAUUGUUUCCUUCUUCUCCCUCCUUUCCAAAGCCCAAGACACCUCGGCGCGGAAAUUGGGCGUCACGCAAGAACUCCUCUCACUCGUCACGGGCCUUGCCCAUUAUCUUAAACUCCUGAUACGCAUCUGUCUUCAAGGCGCUCUGCGACUCGAACGCGAAACUGGAAAUAGCGACGGCCUCCACCAGCUCCUCAACGACCUCGCCGAUUUUGAGACGUACAAGACCGACGAGGGUUUGCUGCAGAUGGCCAUGGGCGGCGCGCGACUCGCUCUGAAGGAUUCAGAUCACUGCGCCCUGUGCAAUCGAUCAGUCGAAGACGAGUGCGUCAAGAACGGCGAGUACAGGUGGCAUUCGACCUGCGUCAAAUGCAACCGCUGCGGACGGGAAUUGGGACGUUCGCUCGGAGAGGCGCAGUACAACGCCUUCGACCACAGGAUCUACUGCACGAGCUGUGUGGCUGUCAACACUGACAGGACAUCGCUGUUUGAACGUGUCACCAAGCUUCAGCAGUACGUCUUCCUCCUCAAAGUGGCGCUGGCGCGACUCCUGGAUAUCCUUCGGAGCAGCGGCGCUCUGCCGUAUCCCUCUGAAGAGGCCGGCGCCGACAAGGGCAAGCUUGGUGCACCAGGUUUCUUGAGCUCGGACACGAGAUCCAAGUCCUUUGCCGGUAGGGGAGACAAGGAACAGAGUCACCGCGAGUCGACGUACGAAACCACCCUCAACGAGGUCAGAAGGCUUCGGAGCACAAGACUUGACCGUCACCUCUCGUCCAGCGUUAGGCAAGCUCGGACGUCACGCGUUAUGGAUGCGGAUGGCCAAGGCCCCCGGCCCGGGUCAGCUGGCGCGGAGGAAGUCGGACCCCAGGGGUCAACAGACCGCAUGUUUGGGCAAAAUGAUGCCAUCACUCUCGACGACAUUCCGCGAAUCGUGGCCGUGGAGCAGUCCCGCGAGCAGCAGCGCGACCGCAACCCCCGGCAGGACCUCUUCCGAUCCCCUGCCACGGAGCCCGGCCCGGCCCCAGGCCAUCAGCGGACGCAGUCGGCCAGCAGAGACAAUGAAGUCCGAGCCGCGGACCCCCUACCCACCCGCCUAACCCGCAAAUUCUUUCCUGAGCUCUCUGGGUUGGAGUACUUCAACGUGCGGCAUCUGGCUGUAUUGACUAUGCAGCCCAUGAUGGAGUCCGAGUUCAGCCUGGAGGAGCUGCUCGGCUUCAUCGAAUCGAGGAAGCCGGCAACCUUUUGGAAGAACCUCGGCAAGGCGUUCAAGAACGACAAGAGCAAGAACGUCAAAAAGAAAGGCGUGUUUGGCGUGCCCCUGGAAAUCAUCAUUGAGCGCGAUGGCGCAGACUCGACAGAUGGUGUCGGCCCGGGCACAUUGCGUAUCCCUGCCGUCAUCGAUGACAUCAUUUCGUCGAUGCGCAAGAUGGAUUUGUCCGUCGAGGGCGUCUUCCGCAAGAAUGGCAACAUCAAGAAGCAACAGGAGAUGGUGGACAAGAUCAAUGCCGAAGGCUGCGAUGUCGUUAACUUCAUGGAGCAGCCGGUCGUUCAACUGGCGGCGCUCCUGAAGCGCUACCUGCGAGACCUCCCAGAUCCUCUGAUGACGCACAAGCUAUACAGACUCUGGGUGAGUGCGGCAAAGAUUCCGGACCCAGCCGUGAGGAAGCAGUGCCUGCACAUGGCGUGCUGCCUGCUGCCGAAAAGCCACCGCGACAGCCUGGAAAUCCUCUUCACGUUUUUGAAAUGGGCCGGGUCGUUCCACCAGCUCGACGAUGAAGUCGGCUCCAAGAUGGACAUUCGAAACCUCGCAACAGUCAUUGCUCCCAACAUUCUGACGAACCCUAAUAAGGCGCCAGCCCUAGACAGCGAGGCCAUAUAUGUCAUUGAUGCGGUGGAAAUUGUCAUCAGCAACAUUGAGGAGAUGUGCCAGGUACCGGACGAGCUCUUGACGUUGUUGAAUGAUCCGUAUCUGUUUAGCAACAAUGGCGAGGUCACAAGCAAAGAAAUCCUGAGGCGGUUCCAGGACCGGCGCGGGCAGCUCCCCCCGGCCGAGAUCAAUGAGGUGUAUAAGCGACAAGACACAUCGACACGAUCGCCACCACGACGCGUUGAGACGGACCCGUCAGUCUGGCAGGGCGAGAGAACGGUCCGGCCCGUGCAAGACCCAGCCAUGCCCGCGGCCGCAUACUCCGGCCAUGGGACACCCCCCCGGGAAUGGGCCGUCCAAGGAGACCACCCGUCGCCAUACAACACUCGAUUCAAUCAUUCCGACAGCCAGCUGGACAACUCGGAGCAUUCUCAGCGCGGCGAGUGGCGAAACUCUGCGUGGGGACGCCGCGGCGGCGGCCUCGGUGUGGGCGGAAACUCAUGACGGGCCUCGAAAGCGACGCCAGUGCGCCCGCCUGAUGCAGGCAUUCUGGUUGCUUACAACAAGAGACAUGAUUUCGGUGUAGCCAUAUGCAUCAUCCACGGCGUUUUGUCCCUUUCCCCUUAUCGAUCCACUUUUCAUGCCAGGCGCGACGAAAACAAAAGGGGCGAGCCCCCACUAUCAUUUAGCCUCGACACGACGGUUCUGUGCGUUGUUCUGUUGUUCUCUUCACUGCGGUUUGCGUUGGUCGGCUAGGCCAGGCCCCCUGCUCCUUUUUACAACAUGGCUUUGAAUUCCCUGUUUUGGUUUCUGCGCCAUGAAACGGCGGUUGCUGUCCCUCGACAGCCCGCAGCCUGUCGGAAUGAUGAGAUGCAGACGUGUUGUCGUUCUGACAAGUCCUCUUCUACUGUCCGCUCGACGGGCCCACUGGAGAUAUUCCCCAGGAGUGGCCGCGGUCUCUUUUUUACAUUUUGUUCUAUCUUUCAUUUUUCGGCGAGAAGGAUUAUGCGGCGAGGGUAACCGACUUGGGGGUUUUUUGUUUUUUUUUGUUUCUUGUCUUGGUGCAGUGUGGACGGGCGCCGAAUGGUUGUUGGAUGUGUGCCGGACUUGGGCAGCGGUGGGGUGCGGGCACGUUGAAGCUGGAGCGAGUUCCUGACUGCCGUUACAAAAACAAGUGUGGCGUUUGUUGUUAUGGGGGGUGGCGCAGUGAGCGAGCAUCGUAGAUUGGACACGAGUGGCCUGGGGGUUGUUGAAAGGGUGCCUGCGUGCGUGGCUGGCUGGCUGUGUGUAGGUAGAGAGAGAAAGAGGGUGCCCGAGUGGUGAGGUCGGCCGAUGUGUUGACGGAGGAGACAAGGCAAAGAAAGAGAUUCCCCAAUGCAACCAUGAAGCUUGGCGUGUGCUAGUAAUGGCAUGUUUGUGGCACCGUGAGAUAUGCGAC